ACGUUCAUAUUCUGCCUGUGGCUGCCAGACCGGGGUUUGAACACACGCUGUGCUCCUACAGAGUACUAGUGUUGAAUUCAGCUCGGUCUCUUUACAGACUUUCUUACACUUUAUUUAGUUAAACAAUACUUUCAGAUUUUAUCAGGAUAUCUGUUCUCCUGCACGCCGACACACUUCCGGGUCGACCUCUGGAAGCUAUUUGACCACCUACUCUACAGGACUGUGUGUCAGCUUCAAGAACCUGCUUUUGUAACAUUUACCUGAGACAAGUUUUUAUUUUUCUCCACAAAAAAUACAUUUUCGUGACCGAAAACCUCUUCUCUGUUCCUUGCAAUGAGCUGCACCAAGGAAGAGACUCGGAGUGCCUCCCCUCACUGCCCUAAACCAGACGAGUCUCAGGAGCCUCUCGGAACCACCAUGGAGACUGGAGCUGCUGAGGAUGUGCCCGUGAAAGCCGAGAGCACAGAGUCCGAAGUGGUCAUCACAAAGGAGAUGGAGGACGAGGAGAAACAGGCGAUGGAGGAAGGGGAGAGGAAAGAGAAGGAGAUGCUUGAAAAGGCUCGGGAAACAUGGCAGAGAGACUCUCAUGACAUGCGCUUCAAGAGGCUGCAGCAUCUCCUUCAGAAGAGCAACAUCUACUCCAAGUUCCUGCUGACCAAGAUGGAGCAACAACAGAAUGAGGAGAAAGUCAAGAAGGAGAAACUUGAAAAGAAUCCAAAGAAGAUGAAAAAAACAAACAACACUGAGCCUGAGAAAGAUAAGAAGAAGAGGAGGAGAGAGGACGACUACAAGAUAGCAGACGUCAUGUCAAAAGAGGAGAUCAUGUCGCAGGCCAAAAGAUCCAAAGUGGAGGACGAGGACGAAGCUCCAGCUCAAAAGAAACUGGAGGCGGAGGACAUCGAGAAGAUGAGCGACUCCAACGAAGACAUAAAGAACCGUCUGUCGGAGGCGGUGAGAGACAACGCCAAGCAGCUCCUGCAUCCUGACAGGAAGGUGGACGGCCAGCCGGUCCCCGCCCAGCAGCCGCAGGCCUUCACUGGAGGGGUCAUGAGGUGGUACCAGAUCGAAGGCAUCGAGUGGCUGAGGAUGCUGUGGGAGAACGGCAUCAACGGGAUCCUGGCCGAUGAGAUGGGUCUGGGUAAGACCAUCCAGUGCAUCGCUCACGUGGCCAUGAUGAUCGAGAAGAAAGUGAUGGGCCCCUUCCUGGUGGUGGCCCCUCUCUCCACUCUGCCCAACUGGAUCAGUGAAUUCAAGCGGUUCACACCAGAGGUGUCUGUGCUGCUGUACCAUGGCCCCCAGGCAGAGAGAGCCAAGAUGCUGAAGCAGAUCCGCAAGCCUCAGGGGGCCCUGGACAUGUGUCCUGUGGUCAUCACCUCCUUCGAAAUCUCCAUGAUCGACAGGAAGUUCCUACAGCGCUUCCAGUGGAAGUACCUGAUCGUGGACGAGGGCCACAGAAUCAAAAACCUGAACUGUCGUCUGGUGAGGGAGCUCAAGAUGCUGCCCACAGACAACAAGCUGCUGCUGACGGGAACGCCGCUGCAGAACAACCUCGCCGAGCUCUGGUCGCUCCUCAACUUCCUCCUGCCAGAGGUGUUUGAUGACCUCAAGAGUUUCGAGUCGUGGUUUGACAUCGACUCCCUCGGUGAAGCAGAGAACGUGGUGGCUGCCGAGCGUGAGCAGAACAUCCUGAGCAUGCUGCACCAGAUCCUGACUCCGUUCCUGCUGAGGAGGUUGAAGUCGGACGUGACUCUGGAGGUUCCUCCGAAGAAGGAGAUCGUUGUUUACGCUCCUCUGGUGGCCAAACAGGAAGCCUUUUACACCGCCGUGGUCAACAAGACUAUCGGCAAGAUGCUGGGUCAGGAGAAGACGGAGGAACCUGUUGCGUUGACAUCAAGCGGCAGGCCGAAGCGUCGCAGCAGAAAGGUGGUGGACUACAAAGAAUCAGAAAAAGAAACCCCGUACGACCUGGAGAAAUAUCUGGAGAGGGUCCGCAAGGAACAGGAGCAGAGCUCCCCUGCAGUGCUGGACGUCCAGAGCCCGCUGGACGCUCAGAUCAACCUGAAGCUUCAGAACAUCCUCAUGCUGCUGAAGAGAUGCUGUAACCACCCCUACCUGGUGGAGUAUCCUCUGGACCCUGCCACACAGCAGUUCAAGAUCGACGAGCAGCUCGUGCAGAACUCCGGGAAGUUCCUCAUUUUGGACAGACUGCUGCCUGCGCUGAAGGAGAGAGGACACAAGGUGCUGAUCUUCAGUCAGAUGACCUCCAUCUUGGAUCUCCUGAUGGACUACUGCUACCUGCGGGGCUUCCAGUACAGUCGACUGGACGGCACCAUGUCGUACGCUGACAGAGAUGAAAACAUGACAAAGUUCUCCAAGGACCCAGAGGUGUUCCUGUUCCUGUUGAGCACCAGAGCAGGAGGACUCGGGAUCAACCUGACAGCUGCUGACACUGUCAUCAUCUUUGACAGUGACUGGAACCCCCAGGCAGACCUGCAGGCUCAGGACCGCUGUCACCGCAUCGGGCAAACCAAACCAGUGGUAGUGUACCGCCUGGUCACAGCCAACACCAUCGACCAGAAGAUCCUGGAGAGGGCUUCAGCCAAGAGGAAGCUGGAGCAGAUGGUCAUCCACAAGAAUAAGUUCAAAGGAGGGAAGGCAGACCUGAACCAGAGUAAGAGCUGCCUUGAUCUGGAUGAGCUGAUGGAUCUGCUCAAAGCUAGAGGCACAGAGAAGGAGGUGAAAGCAUCUCGGGGGAAAGUGAUCAGCGACAAGGACCUGGAGGUUUUGCUGGACCGCAGUGACUUACUGGACAAAGGCAAGGGGAGCACAAAGAGAGAGAAGGUGGGCGUCUUCAGAGUGAUCGAUGCCAAAGACUCGUCGGAGAUCACACUGACCUAGGAACACUUGAACUACUCGGGUACAAACCUCGGACCACUGUCCUGGAUCAAAGAAGCUGACGCUGCGCACAACUGCGGUCGCUUAUAGUCUGAAACUGAACCUGCUGUUUUUACUUUUUUAACUGCCUUUAAAGUUCUGUGUAAGGAUUGUUUUAGUGUUUCUCUCUCUGUAAGACUUGAACACUUAAUCCUGAUGUUUAAACUAACCACACCACAGUGUACUCACUCAACAUACUCUCAGUCAAGUUAGAAACCAGACCAGCAGACGGGCUGCCUCUGAAGGAGAGUUCAACAUAGAACUGGAUGCUUUCUUUUCUUUAAAGACGUCUUUACAAAAUGCAUUAUUUUCUUUAAAGAGAGGCUGCUCACUCAACCUGCCUCCUGUUGUUAACAUGCUCCUUCUUUUUCAUCUGAAGAGAUGAAACGAGACACCGUGUGGUCCAGUCUGUCCUUUAAUUCCUUUAAAAAACUUCUGUCUCUGUUGUCUUCUGCCGUGAUGUUAUCAAAGCACUUUCACACAUGUUCUUCGUGUCUUUUUAUAUAAAUAAACUACCCCUUGAUAUCUUG